CUCUUGUUUCUUCAAUGUUCUUGUGCUCUGUGCAGAGGUUUGGGUUGUUGGGUUGCUUGAAUCCGGCGAGAUUCAUGGCCGACGGCAGCCGGAGAUAGGAUAGAUAAGGGGACGACAACAACCCCAGGACUGAAGGGAGAUUGAGAUAAAGAGACUCGGAACUAAUCAGGACUCGCGCAGGUCGAUUGAUAACGGUGGACAAAAUGGCUAGCUGUCAAGCAAGCUUUGUGUCAAUCUUGAACAAUGACGACAACCCGGCCUUUACGGUGCGGUCUGCACCGGGCAUCUCUCGACAGAAUUCCGCUUCUUCCUACUCCUCGUACCACUACGAACCUCAGCAGACGACGACAGCGACGACGACGACGACGACAAGGACGUUGACUCCUGAUUUCCGUUACCACCAUCAUGCCUACACGAACUCUCCCUCCGUAUCACCCGCCAUGGCCCGUCAUCCCUUCGACCCGGUGUCUGAGCCCACGCAACCCACGUCGCCCGGAUCCUCCGACUGCUCCUACGACUACAUGAGCAGCGGGGCCAGCGUCCGAUCGCACUACCACCUGAGCCGGCAAGAGGCCCAUGGCUACCGGCCCAUGUCGGAGAAGCGCAUCAGCGGGAGCUCGGUGGUCGAGCCCCCGUCGCCGCAGCCCUCGAUCGGAAGCACCUCCAAGGAGAGCAUGGCGGCCAAGUCCGGGGUUCGCAAGAACAAGUACCCUUGCCCCUUUGCCGCCAGCCAUAGCUGCACGGCGACCUUCACCACUUCAGGGCAUGCCGCCCGCCACGGCAAGAAGCACACGGGCGAGAAGAGCGUCCAUUGCCCCAUCUGCAACAAGGCCUUCACCCGCAAGGACAACAUGAAGCAGCACAUCCGCACGCACCGUACGCACUCGGAGGAGAUGCCCCCGGCCCUGGCCACCGACCGCGACAGCGACGGGAGCAGCAGCUGGUCGACGCGGCGGAGCAACACCUCGUCUACCUACGCCCACCAGCGGUCGACCAGCCAGGCCCAGCGGUAGAAGACCUGACGAUGUCAUGCCUGAUGAGUAUGAUGAGAGAGAUUCAUGGCGACUUCUUUUUGUGUCACUUUAUUCAAUUUCCCCUCUCUUCCACCCUCAUUCUCUAUGCUGGGCUGGGUGGGCUAUUAUGGCCCAGAGAAUGAGUUAACUCUAUCUACGGGUGGAAGAUAUCCUCAACCGCUGCUGUGGGUGGC